CCAGCGCUCCGCUCGGGUUCGCCGUGAUUUCAUACCGAAGUCAUACUUCACAUUCCAGCUUUACUGUCAAAUCAGGAGAAAUAUUUCUUCAAAAACACCAGCGUGGUUUGCAUUUGUAAAUGAGCUCAUGCGAUAAAGCCUGAAAUCCAUUUUUGCCCACAGCAGAGCAGAGGUUUGCGUUUAAGUCCUGGGUGUGAGGGCUCGCGUAGGGGCCCAGGUGGAGCCGCCACCAUUGCAGCCAACGAGUGGAGCACCAGCGAGAGCCCGGAGGAGGGGCAGGAGGAUGGAGUGGACGGGAUGGACAAGGCCGGAAUGGACGGCGAUGCGGAGGGCGUCUGGAGCCCUGACAUCGAACAGAGUUUCCAGGAGGCUCUGGCCAUUUAUCCCCCAUGUGGCCGCAGGAAGAUCAUCCUCUCAGACGAAGGCAAGAUGUAUGGUCGUAAUGAGCUGAUAGCAAGAUACAUAAAAUUGCGGACUGGAAAAACCCGCACACGAAAACAGGUGUCUAGCCAUCUGCAGGUUCUUGCACGGAGAAAGUCUCGCGAGAUUCAGUCUAAGCUGAAGGCCAUGAACUUGGAUCAGGCUUCCAAAGACAAAGCCCUGCAGAACAUGGCCGCUCUUUCCUCGGCUCAGAUCGUUUCUGCCAGUGUGAUGAAGAGUCAGCUGCCUCCUCUUCCUCAGCACCCCUACCCGCCUCCAGCCCGGUUUUGGCCUGGCCCCAUCCCAGGACAGCCUGGACCUUCUCAGGACAUCAAACCCUUUGCACCGAGUGCGUACUCCACCCUUCAGCCUCCACUGCCUGCACCCAUAUCAAGUUAUGAGCAGUUACCCACCCCGCACCCCCCGAGCGCCACUGCCGUGCCUGUGUGGCAGGACCGGACCAUUGCCUCCUCUAAACUCCGCAUGCUAGAGUACUCGGCCUUCAUGGAGGUCCAAAGAGACCCUGACACUUACAGCAAGCACCUGUUUGUCCACAUCGCCCAGACAAACCCCUCAUACACAGAUCCUCUCCUGGAGGCCGUGGACAUCCGUCAGAUCUACGACAAGUUUCCAGAGAAGAAGGGAGGACUGAAGGAGCUGUAUGAGAAAGGCCCUCAGAACGCUUUCUUUCUGGUCAAAUUCUGGGCUGAUCUGAACAGUAGUAAUGUUCAGGAUGGCGCAGGCUCGUUCUAUGGGGUGAGCAGUCAGUACAGCAGCGCUGAAAACAUGACCAUCACUGUCUCCACUAAAGUCUGUUCUUUUGGAAAGCAGGUGGUAGAAAAAGUUGAGACGGAGUAUGCGCGUGUGGAGGGCGGGAGGUACGUUUACCGGAUCCAUCGCUCACCCAUGUGCGAAUACAUGAUCAACUUCAUCCAUAAACUCAAACACCUGCCAGAGAAAUACAUGAUGAACAGCGUCCUGGAGAACUUCACUAUACUGCAGGUUGUCACGAAUAGAGACACACAAGAGACUUUGCUUUGCAUUGCGUUCGUGUUUGAGGUGUCCACAAGCGACCACGGAGCACAGUAUCACGUUUACAGACUCGUCAAGGACUGAAUGGCCACUGUGCCGAAAACACCUCCGGACGCCGUUCAUCCAAUGCGUACGAACAAAGUGAGGAAAAGAAAAUUAGACAAACCUGAAGCUCGUAAACACAAUCAUGGACAAAACACAAACCGGGAUCCUCUGCACUAGGUUGUGUUGUAUAUUUAGUCGUGUUCCUUAAAAGCAAAGGAAAUGUACUUUCAGGGAUAAUUCUGUUUCUUACUGUUUUGUGGAGGAGAGGUCUUGAAUGUCUGUGGUGGGUGAACUCUUGUCACGUUUAUGGUACUAGACUCUGAAGGCACAAAGGUCUUUUUAAAAGCGAAUAGGAAAGGAAUUCUGGUCGGUACAAGUCUUUCUCUAAUCAGGAACGUUGCGAUAGCAUAUGUUUGUCUUUCAUUUAGAGACAGCAGCUUGCUACCUCUGACCUUUGACAGAUCGCAGGCUCAGAAUGCGCUUUGAAGAAUGCUUGAAAAUAAAAACGGUUUGUGUAGCAAAGAAACACUGAAUGUUUGUUAUGAUGGGAAGCGCAAGUUGCAAGAAGUUCAGGGCUCAUGUUCCAUGAAUGUCGCACACUUUUGCAAGUUUUACUCUCGAUUUCGCUUGAUUUUGGAAAGUGCAAAUGUGUGAGCUAUUUCUACCUCCUGGUGUUACAUGCGUAUGUGUGGAAGCCUGUUUCCACCUCAGAAUCAAAAAGGUAAUUGUGGGGUUUUAUCUCAUGAUUUCUCACAAAUUUUUCUCACAAUUUGGACUUAUUUAUUGCCGUUCUGAGAAAAAAGGGAGAAUUGUACGAAGCUCAGAAUUCCGAUGUUAACUUGCAAAUUCUAGUUUAUAACUAGAUAUAAGAAAAAGUCAGAACUGCGAGAUAUCUAAUCAGAAUUGCAAGAGUCAGAAUUCGGAGUUUAUAUCUCAAAAUUGUGUUUAUUUCUCAGAAUUUCUGGAAACAAACAAAAAAAUGGGGAAAAAAAGUCAGAACUGUGAAAUAAAAAGUUGCAAUUACCUUUUUUCUUUUAGUAGCAGGAACAAAAAAAAUGAAUUGCGAGAUGUCAACUCAGAAUUUUGAGAGGAAAGGUCAGAAUUGCGAGAUCACAAUUCUGAAGAAAAAAAGGCAGAAUUUUGAGUUUAUAUCUCGCUAUUAUGUGUUUAUGUCUAAGAAAUCUGGCUUUUUUUCUCUGAAUUUCUAGAAACCAAAAAAGAAAAAACAGCAUUUUUUUUUGCUAUUAUACGUUUAUGUCACAGAAUUCUGGCAAUUUUCUCAAAAUUUCUAGAAAAAAAAAACAGAAUUGUGAGAUAUGAACAGACUACUGAGAUACAGAAUCAGAAUUGUAAGAAAAAAGUCUGAGUUCAUAUCUCUAAAUUAUGGCUUUUUUCUCAAAUUUUCUAGGGAAAAAAAAAAAAACUGAAUUGCAAGAAGCAAAAUCCCCCCCUAAAAAAUAGACCAAAAAAGUCAGAUUUGUAAAAUAUAAACUAAGAAUUGAGAGAUAUAAUUUAGAAUUGUGAGAUGUAAAUUCAGAAUUCUGAAAGAAGUCAGUAUUGCGAGAUAAAAACAGAAUUGUGAGAUAUAUAAUCAGAUGUGCUUCAAAAAAGUCAGAAUUCUGAGUUUAUAUCUCGUUAAGUGUUUAUGUCUCAGAAUUCUUUUUUUCUCCAAAUUGUGAGAUGUAAACUCAGAAUUCCGACCAGUAUAAAUAUAAACAGAACUGUGAGAUAUAUAAUCAGAUUUGCGAGAAAAAAGCUUAUAUCUCGUUAUUAUGUUUAUUAAAAAUUAUUUUUUCUCAGAAUUUCUAAAAAAAAAAAAAAAAAAAAUAGAAUUGCUAGAUUUAAACUCAGAAUUCUGACCAAAAAGUCAGAAUUGUAAAUUGUAAACUUAGAAUUGAGAGACAAAUUAUUUAGAAUUGUGAGAUAUAAACUCAAAAUUCCGAAAGAAGUCAGAAUUGCAUCUUAUAAACAGAAUUGUGAGGAAAAGUCAGAAAUGUGAGUUUACAUCUCUUUAGUAUGUUUAUGUUUAGAAUUCUGGCUUUUUUUUUUUCAGAAUUUCUUUAAAAAAAAAAAAACAGAACUGCGAGAUGUAAACUAAGAAUUGUAAAAUACUGUAGAACUGUAAGAAUUGUGAGAUAUACAUAUAGAACUGAGAUGUAAAUUUGGAAUUGUAAGAAAAAAGUAAAAACUGCGAGAUAAAAAGUCACAAAUAUAGCUUUUAUUUAUCUAUUUUUUAAUUCUGUGGUGGAAACAGGCUUCCAUAGAUAUGCAAAGUGCGUUUUUAAAGCAGAGUUUUGAUUUAAAACCAUUUUGCCAUAAUGAUUAUUGUGAAUAUGCAUGGAUUUUACUCGAUUGCCCUCAUUUUGAGUGCCUUAUCACUUUUGUGUCUACCUUCGCCAUACUGGCGAGUGAGCAGGAAAAUUCAGUAGAUCAGGUAACACAAAGAGGGCAAAUCUGCUAUUGAAUAAUGGGGUUACAGCGGGACAAAACAAAUCUCGGCAUGUAACACUUGGUUUUGAUUUCUCAGUGUUUUUAAUCUACGAAUUACAUGCUAAUUACAUCAUCACCAAAGCCAAUUAAACUUAACUGGGUGCUUGAGUAUUUUUUCCUAAUAAAAAAACAUUGUGUUUUAAAAGAAAAAAAAAUGUAUUUUAAUAUAAAGUUUAAAUAUGUCAGUUGUUUUCUCAAUUUUAGGAGUGUGGUAAGGCGUGCCAUUAGUCAACAGAAGAUUUUGAACAGCACAAAGUGAAAUCAACCGUUAAUUCCAUAUCAAAAUGUGCAAUAAGAUCCGGGCUAUUCCGAUCCACAUUUUCUCAGGUUCUUUCAGUAAUGUAGAAACAUUUACAGUAUGUCGAUCAUCAAUUCAUUACUCUUUUUUAUGUUUAUGCUUCCACACAUGGCAUCCAUCUUGGUGUUGAUUGUUUUUUUUUUUAACCCACAAUCACCUGCAAUGGUUAGUACAUAUGAUUUUAAACAUCAGACAUAAUCAGCGACAUUUAACUGCAGCCAUCUGAUUAUUUAUAGCAUCGUAUAUACAUUUGUCCAAUGAAUUAUGGAAAGCAAUGUUGCAUAAACAAUUGAGGACUGUUUAUUUAGUCGUACAUUCUCCUUUUGGAACUCCGGAUGCAAAACUUUUUUUUUUCUGUAAUAUCUUAACCAAAGAAUCGAAUGUGAACAUCAUCCCAGUCUUGCCUUAUUGUGUGCUUCAGGUCUUCUGUGACAUUUUAAAAGAAAAACCAUGCUUCUGUGUGAGUGUGUGUGUUUGUGUGUAUUUGUGCACCUGUGUGUGUGAGAGAGAUAAAUAGAAGUUUUGAAAUUGUUUUGUGUAUAUUUUAAGAAUGUUACAGGAAAAAGGUUUUUAUGUCUAUUCUUUUUUCAUUUUGAUUUUUUUUGCUUUGUUUGUUCCAGUAUCAUUCUUGUUCUGGUUAAUAUUAAAUAAGGGUUGUAACAUC